GCUGUUACAGCCAGCAUACACAGAUCAGUCCAUCAUAACCAGCACUGUGUGAUGAACCCUGCUCCUUUCUCCCUACUGCCUGCCUGCCUGCAUGCUGUAUGUGUGUGUGUGUACAGAUACCUGUGGCAGCUAGCCACGACGACCUGAAGAUGUUUUCCUAGCCUGAUAUCAGAAUUGUAGGAUUCCUGUGUGCUAGCAGUUGGUCAGGGAAGGCGUUGGAUUACCUGUGUAACUCGUUUCUUGUUAGAUUCACCUGACGUGUGUGUCGGUUGUGUUUGUGAGGUGAUACCCAGUGUACACACUGAAGGAUACGUGGUACUGUGUAAGGAUUGCCAGGGGCUUGGUUUGUCUGUGCCCGUGAUCCGUGCCAGAGUUUUAUCAGCAUUACAUGGAGUAAGAAUGAAUCAGCACAUAGCAUCCUGAAAAAGUUUAAUGAAGCCAAAGUGUAGAGCGUGGAGAUGAGGAUUUAGCCAAGAUGUGUUACACCGCCUUUUACUGUUGUGUUGUACUGACUUCCAUCUUGUCUGUAGUAUCCUCAACAUAUGUGGUCAGUGAAUUUACUGACCCAAGCAAUCCUGGCAUCUUCAACCAUGUUGUUGUUAACAAGAAUACUGGCAUCAUAUAUAUGGCUGCCGUUAACAAAAUCUACAAAAUCACUCCCAACUUGACGUUAGAAAGCUCUGUGAAAACUGGCCCUAUGAAAGACAACCCCCAGUGUUACCCUAGAGACCCAUUUCACUGUCCCACCCAGGAGUUGAGGCCUAAUUUCAACAAGGUACUUCUGAUUGAUUAUGGGAAAACACAGAGACUUAUAGCAUGUUCAACUCUUUUCCAUGGAUUCUGUGAGAAACGAGAUCUUCAGAAUAUCACCAAAAAGGAUGCAGAUGUGUAUGAGCCCGUUGUGGCCAAUGACGAAACCUCAUCAACUGUAGCAUUUAUUGCCCCUGGUCCUUCUCCCAGCCAGGGGGAGCCACAGAGCAGUGUUAUGUAUGUUGGAGCCACAUGGACAAAUGUCGGCCUCCCAGCAUACAGAGAUCUUGUUCCUUCCUUCAGUAGCCGAAAUCUCACAGACUUCAAAAUAUUUUACAAGAGCUGGUCAGCAAGUUCAAAGCAGGAUAUAGAAUCUCAACAAAGAGACAGAUUUCGAGUGGAAUAUGUGUAUGGAUUUUCUUCUGACAACUUCAGCUACAUGGUGACAAAGCAAAAGAAGAACACUUACUCCUCCAAGUACAUUUCUAAGAUGAUACGAAUUUGCCAAAAUGACAAGCGAUACUAUUCCUACGCAGAAGUUCCAUUAAAUUGUUCUCACCAAGGAACAAUGUACAACAUUGUGCGUGCAGCAAGAGUGGGUAAGGCUGGCACAGAGUUAGCACAAAGUCUUGGAAUUGCGUUAACAGAAGAUGUUCUUUAUGCAGUGUUUUCAAAAUCACCUGCAGAACAAGAAGACUCUGCAAUGUGUGUUUUUCCAUUGACAAGAAUCAGUGAUAUUUUUACUCAGAAUAUCAAGAAAUGUUUCGAUGGGGAAGGUAGCACGGGGCCAGGUCAUAUUAUCCGACCAACUGAAUGCUUCAAAUCAAAGUACAGUAUUACAAAGGACUACUGCGGUGAUUAUGAGAUUAAUAGGCCAAUUGAUGGGACAAUACCAAUUAGUUCUGAAGCAGUGAUAAAAUUUGCCUCACCAACUAAUGCCACCGCCAUUGCUGUAACAACUACUCAUGAUUACACAGUAGCAUUUGUUGGACUGUACAAUGGACAUCUGAAAAAGGUGUCCAUUCAGUCAAGCAUCUUAGCAGAAGAGUAUGAUGACAUUGUCAUAGAGGAGGGAAGCCCAAUAAGCAAGGACUUGACCUUUGACCUGGAAAAGAACCACUUAUAUGUGAUGACAGAACGGAAGUUGUCCAAGUUGAAGGUACAGGAUUGCACUAGAUACAUGACCUGUAACAAGUGUUUGGGAGCCAGAGAUCCGUAUUGUGGGUGGUGCUCACUGGAAAACAGGAAAAUGUUGCCAAGAUGCAGUAUACGAAAUGAAUGCCGUGAACCUGAUGUUGACCUACGAUGGCUGCCUUACAAUGGAGCUCAGUGCACUACCAUCAGCAGUGUAGCCCCAUCACGUGUUCAGAUACAAAGUGGCAAGAGAACCCUGUUGAUGAUGAUGAUACAGAAUUUGCCACCUCUGAGUAGCCAGUACCAAUGUGCUUUUAGUGGGUAUGGUGUUGUCCUCAUCACAAUGGCAACUCGUCAGGAGAAUGGAGUACAAUGCGAGACGCCUGAAACGACAGACCUGCCUCAGAUACCCAAGGGGUCAGAUCAUAUUGUGAUGAGUCUGUCUCUUAGAAUGAACAAGCAAGAUUUUGUGUCUACGAACUUCACCUUCUUCAGCUGUGAUGUCCAUAAACACUGCACAAAUUGCACCCAGAGUAACUUCCCAUGUACAUGGUGUGUCCAGAAUCACAUGUGUACACAGUACUCGGAGAACUGCGUUGGAGAUGAGCUGGUAACUGGUCAAAGUAACCUUGGAAACAGUGACAACCCAGGUCCAGCCAACUGUCCACGCAUUGAGGCGACAUCCACCAAAAUAUAUGUUCCGUCUGGCACAAGAAAGACAGUCACUGUGAAAGCCAUGAAGCUCAAGCCAUUCCAGGGAGACUUGAAGUGCUUCUUCAAUAUGGAUGGUGGCCGUCAAGUGGCUGCAGUAAUUAGGAAUAACGGAGACAUAGAGUGUGGAGCAGUUGAGUUUUCCUACUAUGAAUCCCAACCUUCAAGAAAUGUGGCGUUUCAAAUCACUUGGGGGGGUCACAACCAUGCCUUGGACAAUCCAACCAAUAUUCAAGUGAUAAUGUAUAAGUGCAGUGCAAUGGCAAGUUCUUGUGGUGCCUGCCUGACGAUGGAUGACCAGUACAAGUGUGGCUGGUGUGACAGUAGGUGUACCAUCCAGGAACAGUGCUCUCAGGUUUGGCUCCCUAGUGCAUCCACCUGUCCAGAUCCUAAAAUAUUCAAGAUUAUACCAUCUCUAGGGCCCUCGUCUGGUGGUACAAACUUGACAAUCAUUGGUGAGAAUUUGGGGAAAACAUUUGCUGACAUUGAUGGAGGAAUCACAAUUGCUGGCGAACCUUGUACCCCUUACAGGGAAGAAUAUGUUGCUGCUAGAAAGAUUGUAUGUAAAACCGGGGACAUUGGGAAGAUUUCAAGGACACCUGUGAAGAUGACAAUUAAUGGGCUUUAUAAAACUGAGUCGGACCAGGAAUUCCACUAUGUGGAACCUGUUAUUAAUGACAUUAAACCCAGAAUUGGUCCUCAAGCCGGUGGAACCAGUUUGACCAUUUCUGGAAAGUAUAUGAAUGCUGGCACAAAACGUGAAGCGACUGUGGAUAAUCUUCCAUGCUUUGUGACCAGUUUUACAGAGAAUCAGGUGGUCUGUACAACCUCAGAAUCUUCAGAGGAGUUGUCGGGUCAUGUGACUCUCAGAUUUGACAAUGCAUCUCUACCCUUGGAGUUUCGCAGAGAAUUUUUCAAAUAUGUAACAAAUCCGACUGUAACAAAAAUUGUGGAGGAGAAGAGAAAGAGUAUUGUAAGUGGAGGGCUGUCUCUAGAUGUAAAUGGUUCUAACUUUGAUGCCAUACAGAACCCAAAACUCAUCUUCUGGGUAGGAAAUCAGAGUUAUUUUGGGCAAUGUAGCCAUAAGGAUAGAAAUGGCAGACAGCUGAACUGCAGUACACCAAGCCUUGCCACUGCAGCUGAAAUCAGUAAUAUCUCUCGUCCAAAGAGAAUUGCGUAUGGAUUUGAGAUGGACAAUGUGGAAGAUCUGCGAAAUCUGAGCAGCUCAGAGGAAUAUGGCGUAUUUAUCAUUUUUCCUGAUCCAUCUUUUGACGCAUUCAAGGAAGGCAUGAUGGUGCAUCGCAAGAAUAAUGAAUACUUAACCAUCAAUGGAAAGCACAUUCUCCCAGGUGUGGACAGGCCAGAUGUAAAGGUGUUUGUUGGGAAGGGAGAGUGCAAUGUGACAUCUGUGGCAACAAAUCAGCUUACCUGCAAACCACCUUUGACCCAACCUGAACCUGUAAUAGGCAGUGGAUACCCUGAAGUUUAUAUCCGUAUUGGUAACCUGACCUUCGAACUUGGAUAUUUAAAGUACGAGGAACCAGAAGUGCUGAACAAUGCGGUAAAAAUUGGGCUUGGUGUUGGAGCAGGAUUCAUAUUAUUGCUAAUCAUCAUAUUUCUCAUAGCUUAUUAUGUGAAGUACCAGGAAAGUGACACCAUGCUAAAACGAUACCAGAGUCAGAUGGACCAGCUCUCAAUGAAAGUGGCAAAGGAGUGUAAAGAAGCUUUUGCAGAGUUACAGACGGAUAUGACAGAAUUAACUAGUGAUUUAUCUGGGCAAGUUGCAAUACCAUUUUGGGACUACAGGACCUUUGCAAUGCAUGUGUUGUUUCCAACAGAUGAGCAACAUGCAGUUAUGAGAGAGUUAGAGGUUGAAGUUUCAAAGAAGGAACAUAUAGACAAAGGGCUUAAACUGUUUGCCCAGCUGAUGAACAACAAGACAUUCUUACUUAUUUUUGUGCGUACACUUGAGACCAACAAAGAUUUCUCCAUGCGGGACAGAGUGAAUGUUGCUUCCCUUAUAAGUGUUGCGUUGCAGAGUAAAAUGGAGUAUGCUACAGACAUCCUGAAGACAUUGCUGGCUGAACUUAUAGAGAAGUCUGUUGAGGGCAAGAACCACCCCAAGCUGCUUCUCAGGAGGACAGAGUCAGUUGCUGAGAAAAUGUUGACCAACUGGUUUACAUUCCUAUUGUACAGGUUUUUGAAGGAUAGUGCAGGUGAGCCACUGUUCCUGCUAUUCCAGGCCAUAAAGCAGCAGGUAGCCAAAGGCCCUGUGGACAGCAUAACAAGCGAGGCUCGCUAUGCCCUAGGAGAAGAUAAACUCAUCCGACAGCAGAUCGACUACCGACAAAUGACUGUGUAUGUGAUGGAUAUAGAUGCCCAGUUUGGGCAACAGGAGCAUGUUGUCAAAGUGUUAGACUGUGACACCAUCUCACAAGUCAAGGAGAAAAUUCUUGAUGCUAUAUUUAAAAAUGCUGCUUUUAGCAGUAGACCAACGAAAGAAGACUUAGAUUUAGUCUUGUUUGAUCAAACUCCAGAGUGGAACCGAGGCCCCCAGGGAAAGCUUAUACUUCAAGAUGAAGAUGGGACAUCAAAGCAAGAGGGCGACUAUAAAAGGCUCAACACAUUAGCUCAUUACAAAGUUCCUGACAGUUCAUAUCUGGCGCUAGUGGCAAAGCAGUCUUCAAUGUACAACAUCUCACUAAUGUCAGAUAAAUCCAGUAAGUAUGAAAAUUUAUCAUACUACAACACAAGGAGUCCCUCCCUAGGGCGCACUGUGUCCCCACAAGCCAUAUAUGUUGACGUAGACAAAGAUAAAGACACCAAGUGUUACCAUUUAGUAAAACCUCAUGACUCAGAGUCACAUAAAGAAGGAGACAGAGGAAGCAAGAUGGUCUCAGAAGUAUACCUUACUCGCUUGUUAAAGACUAAGGGCACACUACAGCAGUUUGUAGAUGACCUUUUCGACACAAUAUUCAGCACAACUCACCGAGGCAGUGCUCUGCCCUUAGCUAUUAAGUAUAUGUUUGACUUCCUGGAUGACCAGGCACUCCACCACAACAUACAAGAUCCAGAAGUUGUCCACACAUGGAAAUCUAAUAGCUUACCAUUAAGGUUUUGGGUGAAUGUGAUGAAGAACCCAAACUUUGUGUUUGAUAUUUACAAGUCAAACAUAGUCGAUUCCUGCCUGUCCGUGGUAGCACAGACGUUCAUGGACAGCUGCUCCAUGCGAGAACACCGACUCGGAAUUAACUCCCCUUCCAGUAAACUUCUCUAUGCUCAGGACAUCCCACGUUAUAAGAAAUGGGUCGAAAGGUAUUAUCAAGACAUCAAAAUGAUGCCAGCAAUCAGUGAUCAGGAUAUGAAUGCCUUGUUAGCUGAGGAGUCUAGGACACAUCAGAAUGAUUUCAACUCAGAUGCUGCAUUAUAUGAGCUUUACAAAUAUGUUUGUGUAUAUAAUGAAGGGCUUGUGGGUGCACUGGAGGAGGAUGAAUUCGCUAGAAAGAACAAACUCCGCUACAAACUGGACCAAGUCCACGCAGCUAUGCAGGGAGAGGUCUCAUUCUGCUGACUGUAACUGUGGCAACCUUUCCUCUGUGUUAUUUUGACGACAAAACUUACAUUAGACAGUAUUGGCUGUUGGCAGAGCAGAGGAUGGAGUUGUCUCUACUUUUGGCUGUCUGUUAAUUGCUUCUCACUUUGGUGCUAUAUGUUGCUGUUUUUGACAUUGCGCUAUGGCGAUUGACUGAGUUUUAGCAUUCGGUAUGCAGUAAUUUACCUCUUCAUCCUGGAGACUAACCACUGCUGAUGUGCAAGAGGGUAAGCUCUGUGCUGGAGAACUAUGCCUAGAUUUCCCAUAUUGCUUCAGAGAAACAGAGAAAACUUUGGUCCUUUGAUGGACUCUGGAUAAAACCACAGGAAAAUCACAGAUCCUGGACAUAACUCUUGUUUCAUGGAAGAUUUGAAAAAAUCCUUCAGAUCCUGGACCAGUGCAGUGCUUUCAUUCUCUCUCAAGAGCUCAGUCAUGAUAACUGGAAACAUUGUUUACAUGUUGUGUUUGUGAUAAGUGCUUUUAUUGCCUGACAACCUUCAAUUCAUGGACUUCGCUUUGGUGAAGAAGAACUACAUGUACCAGAUAAUAGACUGUACUAUAAGUGUACUGCAUGAAGCAGUCAUGGUUUGACAAACUGUCAGGAUAAAACACAAAUAGUCCACAACAAAGGAAAACGUCACAUUUGUGGGAUAUUAAGUUGCUGUUGAUUGUCAGUGCAUUUAUGUUUUCUCCUUUGUCUGACCCAAAAUGGUGUGAUGUCUCUAGGAGAAAUCCCAAAGCAGAGUGCACCAAAGCUAAAGGAAAUCAUUGACACUAGGUAAACUUCAGAUUUGCUAUUCAUUAUCAAAGUGUGAGCUGAACUGUGCAUUCAUUGGUUGACUGUUGACUAGCCAUUUCAUGGGCUGUAUGAAAGGUCCCUAAUGAUUCUGUUUUGUCAAGACUUAAAGAUUGCUAUGGUCAAUAUUUGGACAGAAUAAUUUUUACAUAUUUUUCAUCUGUUGAGGAAUUAGAUGUACAAGAAGGUGCAAUCAUUGAAUUGGAAUUUACUUAAAUAUGACUGAAGUAAAAUAACCAACAUUUGAAUGUGAACAUGUUGUUAAUAUGUUUUGAAAGAUUUACAAGGCUUGCCAUGUUUAGUACAGCAGCUAUUGUCAACACUAACAAAUGUUACUGCUUCUUAGUUACUUGACACAGUAGGGCAUAUAAUGAACUAAUUUAAGUUGUUGUGUGUAACAGAAGCACUUGUUAACCUGCAUGAAAUGAUAGAUAGACCAGUUAUUGCCUAAUUGUUAUAUAAAGCACAAGGCAGAAUUUGUGUGCGCAGAUUGCCAUUCAUGUAACUUGUAUUUUGACAAUGUAUAUACCAAAGUAAAAAUUGAACUCUCGGUUAAAAGAUGUGUCAACAUUUCCCAGGUUAUCAGGCUUUUAAAAAGUCCAAAAGGAGUGUUAUGAAUAGUGUAUGUUGGCAGAUCAACAUAUUAAUAUCAAACAUAUUAAUAAUUACCUUUGGGUGUGUAUUUAUGCAAAGAUAAUAAAUUCAUCAUGUAACCUGUAUCAGAACAGCACUACUGGCUUCAUGGAGGGGCGGUUCGCAAGCAUUUGUCACAAAUUCCAGUAUAUGUAUUUGACCAAGUAUCAGUCAGUCUAUGCAUAGAGUUACACAACAUGUAAGACAGCUUGUUGCUACUGAAGACUAUACAUCACUAUUUCUAAUCUCCUGUUGGCAUUAGACAAGGUUUGUCACUUAGCCCCCAAGUUUUUUCUAUAUUUGUACGUUAAGUGUCAUUACUGAGUUCCAUAACACCAUCAGCAGACUUGGGAAGUUGAGGCUGCGUUAUUUAAAGUGCAAUUAUCUGACACCGUUAAACAGCACUGCAUCUGUUGAAUUAUGAUGAGGUCACAUGCUCUUCAAAACUUGGUAAAUCCACAGCUCACAAUGUUGACAAGUAAACAUUUUCCCAUGUCAAAGUAUUCUGACUGAUGUCACAUCCCAUCAUGUGAUACGCCCACCACAUUUGUAAAUAAAUUCAUCUUCACUUGUUAGCUAUGCAAAUCAGUAGUCCAUAUUUGUUUAUGUUGAUGAUACAGGUGUUGGGCUGACUGACAUAUCUAGAGAUACACACAGACAGACAGAGGCCAUGGGUAGUUACAUUGUACACAUACACUGGUUGUUGAAGAACUUGUGAAUAGGACUUCAGCUAAUACUUGUUAGUGUAGACCCGUACUGCUUAACCAGUGUCAUAACUGAUUGUAAUACUCUGUACAAAGCUUCUCUGUACUGGAUGUCUUUUAGUCUACAGGUUACAAAAAAGACUUACUUUGAGUGAGUGGAUCAUGUGCUGUCUUUCUGAGUAAGAUAAGUAGAUCCUUAGAGUUUGUGUGUGUCUUACCCUGUGUAUAUAUAUCUGUAUAGUGGACUCCGUUCAUGUCACAUGGCCAGUGAAUAGAUGAGGAGGACUUGUUACCUGUCGAAGUUACCUGCCAAGUGUAUUUCUUUGUAAAUGAUUUGUACAUAAAUCCAAACAGGUGACUGAUCUCGUGUGCAUAGAUGUAACUGUCUGGUUUUAUAUCCAGCUAGUUUAAUGAUACGAGAAAUAUGUUUUCAAAGCGUUUCUGUAUUUCGUCUAGGAUGUCAACUACACAUGUAUGUAUUCAAAGCUAAGCGUUUUAACCCACCUGAGUUUUUACGUUCCACUAUGGCUGUGUUUACCCAGCAAACAAACCAAACAUGUUUUACAUUCAGCAGGUGUCAAAUUUACCAUUGUUCAGCUGACUGACAUAUUUGGGGUUUUGUACUAGUAAAAGAAGGUUUUAUCAUUAGUUAGUCCAUUACAGACACUAUUGCAUAUGCUGAGAGAACAACUGAUUCCUGAGGGACUUCAUUACUUUGUAGCUAUGUAUGUACAUAUGCACGCCAAGUACCAGCUGUUGAUAAUUUGUUAUAUGUGCUUAAACCUGCAUAGCCUGCGACAACUUUGUUCUAUCAUUAUGAUGUAAAUUAUGUCCAUGCAUUCUGGUCAAAUGUAGAAAUGUGUAUUAUUUUGUAUUUAUGUUGUACCUAACAAUGAUUAUUACAUUGUAUUUGAUCAGUUGGGCUGUAUUACUGUUCGACAAUGUUUAGACAAGUCUUUAAUUUUCACUGUUAGUAAGUAAGACAGUGUUGCAUUUUUUUUUCUUUGAUCACAAAUGCAAGGCAUGUUCGCAUGAAUAAAUAAUUUGAGUAGCAGUAAUAAGGAAUAUUAAGGGGUUGUUAUUCAGGAAGCUAAUCCAGAUCUUUUGGCUUAUUUGUUGUUUUGUAUUUGUUUCCUUUUUUAAGUGAUUAUCAUUGUUGAAUAAUUUUGUUUCAAGCAAAACCAGCCACUUUCUGGGGGGCAUUGAAUAUUGCGUUUAUUUUCAGGGAAAGGACACUCUAGACUGAGAAUACACUUUAGACUGGGAAUACACUUCAAUCGUACAUAUCAAGAAAGUUAAUUGUUCUCUUAUUUAAUCCCAGGAUAGAUACUGAAUAUUUGGUGCAUUGUCGCUGGCUUCAUUUAAAUUGGCUGAUGUUUUAGGUUGAAUUAUUUAGCAAUUGGUGCGGAUGUGAUAUGUGGGGUGCUUGAAGUGUUUAGCGUAAAAACUUUUAUAAAAAACGCUUAAAAGAAGAAGAAAAGCGCCCAGACCUAUUUUGAAAGUUGUGUUGUAUUUUCUAGAAAUUUAAAUGAUUUGAAAAUAAAGGAGAUAUUUGUAAAUACAACGAAUAAUACAGCUGUCUUACGUCAUAAUAUUUUAAUAUAAACUUGACAUGUACACUUUGUUCAGUUCAGCUUUUACAGUGCGGAUGGUCGUUGGUUUGGUCAUGGAUUUCCCCGGGCUCUGCCCGGUUUCCUCCCACAAUAAUGCUUGCUGCUGUGGUAUGAGUGAAAUAUGCUUGAGUGCGGCGUAAAACACCAAUCAAAUAAAUAAAUUGAUUCUUCAGUCAUCAUGAAAUACGAACAGUUAUUUGUAAUUAAGCCAAUGUAAAGAACACUUUUCAUUAAUAUG